AUGCCUGAGAUCGCCGAGGUCGCCCGCAUCGUCCAUUUUAUCCGGAAAUUGCUGGUCGGCAAAACCAUCGCCAAAGUGACGGCCACCGACGAUGCCAGCGUCUAUGGCAAGGUGGGCACUUCGGCCGCCGAAUUCGAGAAGCACAUGGCCGGGAAGAAGGUCGUCGACGCGGGCCAGCAAGGCAAAUACUUCUGGAUGAUCAUGUCAAGUGCCCCUCACCCGGUCAUGCAUUUCGGCAUGUCGGGCUGGUUGAAGUUCAAGUCCGAACACACCUACUACUACCAGCCGCAGGAGGGUAAGAAGGACGAGGCGUGGCCCCCGAAGUUCAUGAAGUUUAUGCUCGAGACGAAGGCCGAAGACGGAGAAGAGGCCAUCGAGGCGGCGUUCGUAGACAUGAGGCGAUUCGCCCGCGUUAGACUGGUCGACUGUCCUGGCGCGGAGAUCCGUCAACACUCACCGCUGGUUGAGAACGGACCGGAUCCCGUCCUCGACAAGGACAUCGUCACCGUUGAGUGGCUCAAGGAGAAGUGCAAGAGCAAAAAAGUCCCCAUCAAGGCGAUGCUGCUGGACCAAGCCAACAUCAGCGGCAUCGGCAACUGGGUCGGCGACGAGAUCAUGUACCACGCCAAAAUGCACCCGGAGCAGUACGCGAACACCCUGAACGACCAGCAGAUCGCACAACUGCACAAGUCGAUCCACUACAUCUGCAGCACGGCGGUGGACCUGCUGGGCGACUCGGAGAAGUUUCCCGAAGACUGGCUGUUCAAGCACCGGUGGGGGAAGGGCAAGAAGGACGCUUCAAACACACUGCCGAAUGGAGAAAAGAUCGCGUUCCUCAAAGUGGGCGGACGCACCAGUGCCGUGGUUCCCUCGAUACAGAAGAAGACGGGACCCGUUGCGAAAGAGAUGAGUGAAGCGGAAAUGCUCGAUGGGGAGGACGAGGACAAUGCACCGAAGAAGCCCAAAGGCAAAAAGCGCAAAGCCGCGAAAGAGGACGAGGAUGACGAGGACGAGCCCAAGACGUCGAAGGGCAAGAAACGCAAAUCUGCUGUGAAAGAGGAGGAGGAAGAUGACGAAGAAGAAGAGGUGAUGCCGAAGAAAACAACCGCUAGGGGCAAGAAGGCGCAAGCAAAAGCUGAGCCCGAGAAGGAGGACGCGAAGCCCGUCGUCAAGAAGGCCACGAAACCAACAACAAAGGCAAAUGGGGUUAGUAAAGGACCCGCGACAGUGGCAGCGGACAAGUCACUCAAAUCAGAGAAGGAGACCUCAGGGGCUCAAGCGAAGGCAGCGAAGGCAGCGAAGCCUUCAGCCCCGGCGCCCACGGCAAAUGAUGCAGGAAAAAGACGGUCAGGUCGGUUAAGCAGGUCUUGA